ACUCCCCCAACAGUAGUCUCCAUACUAUUUUCUAUUAACACGUUUCAUCCCUUUACUUUAUUCAAGGUCAUCGUCGUCAAUAUUGGGUGGCACAGUGGUGUGGGAUAGGGUCAUCUAUAUAUGGGUGAAAUGACCUCACAAGAGAUAAAUGACCUCGAAUGACUGAGGCUUUAGAACCUGACCCAUAUUUUCUAUUCAGCUAAAAAGGGAUAGUCUCAUAUCCCCAACGGCCGAGACCAACAUACGUUUUGACCUGCAAGUGACCUUUUCUUCUUUCAUUCUAUACUGCCUCUGUGUCAAGAGACGUCAUUUGAAAUUCAUUAGAUUUUUGCGCGUUCUGUUAGCAAAAGUGAAUUUUUGAAAAUUCUUGAGCCUGAACAUUGUGCUUGGAAACCUAAAAUCACUUCACAGUAAGAAAAUGAUGCGAUUUCCUGACGUUUUACAAGUUGAAUAACCUCUUGUCAUUACUGUCGUCGUUACUGUCGUUGAUAGUUAAGUAUCAACGACCUGCAUUUAGAUGUGUAUUCGCAUAGUCAGGCCUCUCCAGGGAAAAACGUCUGCAGUCCCAAAGCAAAAGGCCACAAAUGGGGGAAUAUUCAGUUCUGAGAAUCCACGUGCGUUGUGCACUAGCAUUUUAAACCCUCCUACUUUUUUAUCCGGAAGCUUUUUUUUUCUUUUAACAUACCAACAGUCCUUUUAACUUAACCUCCAGGCAUUUUCAUAGAUUUUUCAUCGCUACCAUUAGUUAUCUUGCUGGAGUUGUUGUAUACGUAAUGGCCCCAUGGGGGAAAACGAUAUUGCAUAACAAGAUUUACGGAGACAGUAGAUUUAUGUUUUUGUGGUUUACUUAAUUUGUUAUUGUGUUAUAUAAACUCAGAAUUUUCUAUUUAUUAGCACUAGCAGGAGCAGCACCAUAUCCGCCCAUCUAAUAUCCAAUCAUAUCUAAUAACUCGCAAACCCUGCUUCCGUUCGUCAACUUCCAAAGCAGUAAACACAAUGUAACCCUUUAUCUCUUUAAUGAACAUACUUUGAUGUCAUAACAUUAUUUUAUAUUAUAUGUAUUGGGUAUGGUGUCUUUUAAUCAAUAAUUUGAAAUAUCCGCCCAAAAAGGAAUGACGCCAGAUUUAUAAAAUAAAAUGACAAAUGCCAAUGUGUCAAAUAUGUAUUGUGUCGUCUGCAACAAAAUCCAUUCACUAGUCCAUUCGUGUGCUUUCUCACUAAUCAUUAAAACAAUAUUUACCGUCUGUUAUUUCAAGGUCUGAUAAUACGUCUAAUGGCGUCUAAUAUCGAAGAAGAUUUUCUUCAGCUUGAUCCGACACUUAACAAUGUUAUUGAGCAAUCCACUUUGAAAUGGAUCUUUGUCGGUGGUAAAGGAGGUGUAGGCAAGACAACCUGCAGUUGCAGCCUUUCUGUACAGCUGGCCCGUGUUCGUGAUACUGUACUUAUCAUUUCUACUGAUCCAGCUCAUAACAUAUCAGAUGCUUUUGAUCAGAAGUUUAGCAAAGUUCCUACUAAAGUGAAAGGGUUUGAGAAUUUAUUUGCAAUGGAAAUUGACCCAAAUGUUGGCUUUAAUGAAUUACCAGAUGAUUAUUUUGAAGGAGAAAACAACUUUUGGAGAGCCAACCGUGGAUUAAUGCAAGAAAUAUUUGGUGCAUUUCCUGGUAUCGAUGAAGCUAUGAGCUAUGUUGAAGUUAUGAAGUUAGUACAAGGAAUGAACUUCUCUGUAGUGGUCUUUGAUACAGCUCCAACUGGACAUACUUUGCGUUUGCUUGCAUUUCCUUCUGUUGUAGAGAAAGGGCUCAGUAAACUUUUGCGUCUCAAGUCGCAAAUUGGGCCAUUUGUCUCACAAAUAUCAGGUCUUAUUGGCAUGAGCAAUGUUAAUACAGACAUAUUUUCUAAUCGUUUAGAGGAAAUGCUACCAAUUAUUCAGCAAAUAAAUGAACAGUUCAAAGAUCCUAAUCGAACUACCUUCGUUUGCGUUUGCAUUGCAGAGUUUUUGUCACUAUACGAAACAGAACGUCUGGUUCAAGAGCUUUCCAAGUCAAAUAUUGACACACACAACAUUAUUGUUAAUCAGCUAUUAUUAGACGCCCCAAUAACAUCAACUGGAGAAACGUGCGGACUAUGCGGUGCUCGCAAGAAACUUCAAGCUAAAUAUCUUGAUCAGAUUGCCGACUUAUAUGAGGACUUCCACGUCACACGUUUACCCUUGCUAGAUCGUGAAGUUCGUGGCGUCGAGCAAGUAAAGAAGUUUUCGGAGAACUUGCUGAAGCCUUACUCCCCAAAAUAAAGAUAUGUAUUUGUUAAGUGUGAGUUUUUUCAUUAUUAUGAAAACCCAUUAUUGGUUCAAAUAUUUUGUAAUUGUACUUCAGCAUUUCAUCCAGGAGAACCAAUUUAUUUUCCGAUUUACUUUACCCUUUUCAAUACGAAGUCAAUAGCAACACAACAGCAUUAAUAGACAA